AUGAAUGAAAAGGCGAACGCGGCAUCGGGGAUGGCAGUGGAGGACAACUGCAAGCUGAAGUUUUUGGAGCUAAAGAAAAGAACCCAUCGGUUCAUAAUAUUCAGGAUAGAUGGACAGCAAGUGGUGGUUGAGAAGUUAGGAAGUCCGCAGGAGACUUAUGACGACUUCACAGCUUCCCUCCCUGCCGAUGAGUGCCGCUACGCGGUUUUUGAUUUGGAUUUUACUACCAAUGAAAACUGCCAGAAGAGCAAAAUCUUCUUCAUAGCCUGGUCACCGGAUUCAUCUAGAGUGAGGAUGAAGAUGGUGUAUGCAAGCUCUAAGGAUAGGUUCAAGAGAGAAUUGGACGGCAUUCAGGUGGAGUUACAAGCCACUGAUCCUAGCGAGAUGAGCUUUGAUAUCAUCCAAAGCCGAGCUCUCUAG